AUGUUAUUCUUCAGCUUCUUCAAGACCUUGGUCGACCACGAGGUUACGGUGGAGCUCAAGAACGAUAUCCAGAUCCGAGGAACACUGAAAUCUGUCGACCAGUAUCUCAAUAUCAAGCUCGAUGAUAUACAAGUGGUGGAGGAAUUGAAGUACCCCCAUCUGUCAUCCGUAAAGAAUGUUUUUAUCAGAGGGAGUGUGGUCAGAUAUGUGCAUUUGCCUGGAAGCGCAGUUGAUACGGCGUUGUUAGAAGAUGCUACUCGCAGGGAAGCUGCGCAGCAGGCCUCGAAAGCAAAAUGA